GUAGAGUCCAUGCCCCAACAAAUUGAGGCUGUUCUGAGGGCAAAAGGCAGCAGUGGACGACCUGCACAGGCAGCAGUGGACGACCUGCACAGGCAGCAGUGGACGAUCUGCACAGGCAGCAGUGGACGACAUGCACAGUCAGCAGUGGACGACAGUGAGAAGAUCUUUACUGAGCUGAUUCACUCCAUUGAGAGAAGGCACUCUGAAGUGAAGGAGCUGAUCAGAGCCCAGGAGAAGGAUGAAGUGAGUCAGGCUGAAGGACUCCUGGAGCAACUGGAGCAGGAAGUGACUGAGCUCAGGAGGAGAUGUGCUGAGAUGGAGCAGUUCUCACACACUGAGGACAACAUCCUGUUCCUUCAGAGGUUCAAAGACCAUAGUACCCCCCCCCCCCCCCCCCCCCCCCCCCCCCUGUGUCUGAAGAGUUACCUGCCACCAUCCUUAACCAAGGUUGGUUUUUAA